AUGGAAAGUAUUUUUGGGCAUCGGACCGGAGGCAAACCAGAUAUCUGGAGUUUGGCUGUCAAAAAUGCCGGCAAGGAUGUUUCCAAAGGUGAGAUGUAUUCAAAUGCGAGCACAUUCAUGAUUGCGGGAACCGAAACGACAGCGACUAACCCUGAAACGUUGCAGAAGCUCAAGGAUGAGAUUCAUGGCCUUGGGGGUAGAGAAAGUCUCACUAUUACCAAAUUGCAGCGAUCGAUAUACCUGAACGCCUGUCUCGAGGAGGGUCUCAGAAUGUAUCCACCUGUUUUGGUUGCAAGUAUGAGAUUAGUUCCUAAAGGUGGUGCAAUUGUAUGUGAUAAAAUGGUUCCUGAAGGUGUCACAGUUGGCAUUCCCCAUCUUGCAGCUUAUCAUUCAACAGGGAAUUUCAUUGACCCUAUGAAAUUCCUACCUGAACGUUGGCUUCCCGAUGCCGAGCGAUUCAAGGAUGACCAGAAAUCGGUAUUCCAGCCAUUCUCUUUCGGUCCUAGAAAUUGUCUAGGCAAACUUGGAUUACUUUCUGAUAUAUCUCCAAGCCUUGCAUACCACGAGAUGCGUUCUGUCAUUUCAUCUAUUCUCCUCGAAUUUGAUAUCAGUCUUGUUGACAAUGCAGAUAAUUGGUUGGAUCAAAAGAACUAUAAGCUGUGGGAGAAGAAGCCGCUCUUUGUGCGUUUGACACCUGCGAGUUGA